GCAGGUGAAGUCAACAGAAUGAUAACUUUCCUUGUCACCGUGAGCGCCGCCCUCUUGUGCUCACGCGCCUUCGCUGCGAGUAGCUACUUGGGUCUUGCCCAGGGAACGCCACUCGGAGGAUUUUCGCAACAUGGCACUCUUCACGGUGGCUUGAUCCCCGGUGGUCUUUAUGGCAACGGUGCGUCCCUUGUCAACCAAGGACUUCCACUGGGACAUUUGCCAGGACCGAUAUCCGGGAGUGGAGGCUACUUGGACUACGCAUACGGGACUGGUGCACACCUUGGAAAUCCUUAUGGAAAAUCAAGGUUUCUCAAAUAUUUAUACAGAAACCCCCUUGGCCUUGCCAACCCGUACGGCGCUCUACGAAACGUUGGAGUCGGUGGAGUGAACGAGGCUGAGGAUGAAACAUCGUCUACCUCUGGAGCAGGUGGCGCAGACUUCGUUUACAACAAUCAAAUCAGGGAUUCCUCUCUAACUGGAAUUCGUGGUUUACAUUCCAGUCUCAUUGCUGGCUUGGGUGGCUUCCAUUCCGCUCUUCUUCCUCACACUUCCAGUGUUGCUUUAGGAACACACCCUUAUGCUCUUGGACCUCACACUUCCAUUGCUGCUUUGGGAGGAUUCCCUUAUGUUGCUGGACAUCACGACUCUCUUUCUGCCUUUAGUGGAAUCCUCCCUAAUGUUGGAGCUGCAGGCCAAUUUCCGUAUGGUCUUCAGCCUCACACUCCCAUUUAUUAUUUAACUGGAUUCCCUUAUGCAGGUGGACCUCACGCUCCCCUUCCUGCUUCAACUGGAUUCCACGCAGGUCUUGGCCCUUACCCUUCGCUUGCAGGUCUGGGUGGACUGUCUCCUUAUGUUGGACCGUAUGCUGCUGGUGCUGGUUUUGGCAGAUUCAACACUGCUUUUGGACAAAAUAUCCCAAGCGAUGCUUUAAGGUAUCGUUCCUCACUCAACAUGUCUUCAGGGAACAUGAACAACCAGGAAGCACAGGAGAAUAAAUUUACAAGACAGGCAGAAAUGCAAACAAACUUCUGUAACAUUUCUAUUGUCUCCAACCUUCGUCUAUCAUAUAUCGUAGGAGUUCAUAUAAAAACUAUUCCUGUCAUCGUGAGCGCCGCCCUCUUGUGUUCACACGUCUUCGCUGCUAGUAGCUACUUGGGACUUGCCCAGGGAACGCCACUCGGAGGAUUUUCGCAACAUGGCACUCUUCACGGUGGCUUGAUCCCCGGUGGUCUUUAUGACAACGGUGCGUCCCUUGUCAACCACGGACUUCCACUGGGACAUUUGCCAGGACCGAUAUACGGGAGUGGAGGCUACUUGGACUACACAUACGGAACUGGUGCGUAUUUUGGAAAUCCAUAUGGAAAUCAAAGCUUCUCAAAUAUUUAUACGAAAACCCCCUAG